AUGUACGCCCUCCGCUCCGCCCUUCGUGCUCCUGCUCGCGUCUCGCCUCGUGCGUUCACCACCACCGCCGCCCGCUGGAAGGAUGCCUGGGCCAACACCCCCGACAUGAACUUUGCCGAGUUCAACAAGCUCGCCCGCGCUCCCACCGACGACGUGCUCCUCAUCGACACUCGUGAGCCCGACGAGGCUGCCAUGUCGCCCAUUUCCGGUACCGUCAACCUUCCGUUCAGCAAGGUCGCCAGUGCGCUCGCUGAGGGCAAUAACCCGGGCCAGUUCCAGAACGACUUUGCGUUCUCCAAGCCCGCCUACAACCAGAAGAUGGUGUUCCUCGACCGGGCCGCCAAGCGCUCCGAGGCCGCCGCCGAGGCCGCCCGCAAGGCUGGAUACCAGAACGUGCGCACGUACGGUGGCGGCGUCAAGGAGUACCAGGAAAACGCCGACAAGCACAAGGAGUAA